AUGUCUUUUGCAUCUACCAUCGCAAACAGAGCCGCGUUAGCCACUCGCGUGGUUUCGCAAGUCACCAAGUCUUCCAACAACAAGAGACGAUCUUUGAUUGUAAAGGCGGAAGGGGACGUUCCUGCGGAAACGGAAAAGCCAGCCGCUGCGGCUCCGGCGAAGGUUGCCAGAAACACGGACAACCUCGCUCCGUUGUACAUGUUGGGCGUCUCCGACCAAUCUUUGUCCUACUUGGACGGCACCUUGCCGGGUGACUACGGUUUCGAUCCGCUCGGCUUGUCCGAUCCAGAAGGCGCCGGCGGUUUCAUCAACCCGGGGUGGUUGGCGUACGCGGAAGUUAUCCACGGCAGAUGGGCGAUGCUUGGCGUUGCCGGCGCGACUGCGCCGGAAACGAUGAAGGGCUUCAUUCCGGACUCCACGGCGGUGGUUUGGUUUAAGAACGGUAUCAUCCCGGCGCAAGGCUCGUACGACUUUUGGGCGCCGCCGACGGCGUUGUUCUGGGUCAUGGUGUGCAUGAUGAACUUUGUCGAAAUCAACAGAUUGACUGAAUACGCCAACCCGGGCUUCAGAACGAAGCAAUCUUUGGCUGGCUUGGAAAAAGGGAUGGGCGGCACCGGCAACCCGGCGUACCCGGGCGGUUCGUUCAACCCGAUGGGUAUGGGCAAAAACGACAUGGACGCGAUGAAGGUGAAGGAGAUCAAAAAUGGCAGAUUGGCGAUGAUGGCGUUUUUCGGUAUCAUGGUGCAAGCGAUCAUCACCGGCGAAGGGCCAGUGAAGAACUUGACGGAUCACGUUACCGAUCCGUUCGCGCACAACUUGUUGACCAACUUUGCGAACGUCGGCGGCGCGUCUCCGUUCUAA